CGGACUGCCUUCAGUUCAGUCGUCUUGCGUCGGCCCAGCGGCGCGGACUGGAUAGACGGUUGUUCGCUAUUCGAAUUUGGAAUAAAACGUCGCGAGUGCACGUAAUCUGUGUUUUUAUUUUUUUUUUAAUUAUAGCUGUCCUGCAAUUUCGUUUGUGAUCUGUGCCCGGAUUUAAUUAGCAACCAGAGAGAUUAAGUUGUAUUGCCGCCCUGCAAAAUACGAGUAUUUAAGUGUCUCGCAUGAGAAGCGAACGCUAGCGCGGCUCUGAGCCCCUUGUAACAAGAUGAGAGCGCUACCACUAUGUGUAACAGUGGCUUCGUUGUUCGCAGCCAUAUUAGCAGCCACAGAAGAAUCCAAAACUGAAGCAUCAAGCAGUACAGGCAGCAAUCCAGAAGAUGAAGAGCCCAAAGAAGCUUGGAUGCGCGCGCCCGCUGGCGGCGUGGCUGUCAAGAGUGGGGAAGAUGCCUUGCUGACCUGCGUGGUCCUGGGAGCAAGGGGGAAACCGGUGCUUUGGAAACGGGCCAGAGACUUGAAGGUGUUAACAGCUGGAGCCGUCAGAGUCACCAGGGAUGAAAGAGUGCAGGUGCUGCAUGAUGAUUCGGAAGAGCCUCUCCAAGGGCCAGGUAUCAAGAAGGGCGGCGACGUGUGGGCGCUAGUCAUCAAGUCGGUGAAGCCGUCGGACGCCGGCCUCUACAUGUGCGAGCUAAACACUGAGCCGCCAGUUCGCAGCUUCCAUAAACUCACAGUGAUAUCCCGCGGCCUGACACCGCCGGAUAGUCAGAACACGACGGACAGUUACUCCGCCAACGCUCCAACGCUGUCGUCCACCGCGCUGGCUCACAACUACACCGACUGCUGUGUGUCCAUGAACGUGACUAGAGGCUGUUUGGGCUACUGCAGUAUUCAGACUAUUCUGGACGGACCUGGACAAGACCCGGAGGCGUGCCAAACUGAUUUCCCAGCUAUUGUUAAGUGUAUGGCGGACGGUCGUAACCACGUGCCGUGCUGCAUCCAGGAGCACAUACCGGACAUCUGUCAAGACGUCUGCCGAGGAGAGUACUCGCCUGUCACAGAUAACAUCAAAACCCAUUACUCUUGCGCCGCGUCCAUGGAGAAAACCUUGGCGUGCAUCGUUGAAGGCAUCGAACUACUACCGAGUCCGCCUGAAGACAUUGAAGUGGAACCUCUAAACGAAAAGCAACUGAACGUAUCAUGGAACCCACCAACAGAGAACACCGAAUCGGUGACACAAUACGUAAUAAACGUAACAGCAUUACGAUCAUUUGAUGCCCAUCUGAUAGAUCCCUCAGAGAGCUCAUUAAGGAACGACACAGCAAAGUACAGUCAACCGAUGACAUUCAAGGUGCCCGCAAACAAGACAUCCCUAGUCCUCAACGAUCUGCUACCAUUCACAAUGUAUGAGGUCACAGUGACCUCCUACAAUAUUCAUGGCUCCAGUUUACCGAGCUACGCAAUCAGGUCUCUAACACUGACACCUGGUAAGAUGAGGACGACAGAGGUGGCAGCAGCUCCCAAGCUGCCCGACGUAAGAGGUUGCUGCAUCGCCGGUGGAGUGAACCACUUCGGUUGCGUAGACAAACUUUGCGACCCCACCAAAACCUUCGAGAUUGGCUUGCAGGUGACAGAUCUGAUGAUUUGCGCGCCGUGGGCCGGGGUGACCUUCGGAUGUCUUGCCAAUGGUCUGGAUCACACUCCAUGCUGCCAGUCGAGGGGAUUGCCAGAGUCUUGCUUACCGCUGUGCAGUGGGAAUAUCACGAAUUUGGACUUCAAUCACUUCAAAUGCCUCCGCUACAUGUCGUCGUACACCAACUGCCUGCUGCAAGGCUACGGCGUGCUGCCGGGCGCGCCGGCGCGGCUGCACCUCACCAACAUCGACACCGACUACGCCGUGGUGCACUGGGCGGCGCCCGCGGCGCUGGCCGACACCGUGCAGUACUACAACUUGCACUACAAGUCGCUGCAGUCUGAAGACGAUUAUCGGACUUUGACCAGGUUACAAUCUCCAUACAUCCUGGAAGACUUGGAAUCCAACACCGACUACGAGAUCUACGUGCAAGCAGUCAACGAGCACGGAGUGGGUGACGCGUCCCCUAGACUUAUAUUUAGAACUCAAAGUCAGGUCAUAGAAGAAGAGAUAGAGAACGCAAACGAGUACAACAUAACGGCGUGCUGCGAGCGCGUGCAGCUGUCCAGCGUGUGCUUGCCGCUGUGUUCGUACGACGCGAAGAUGUCGGACCUGCGCACGCUGGCGCCGCUGUGCGAGCAGGAGUUCCACAAGCUGGUGCGCUGUGGUGCUGGAGGUCGCAACCACGAAACGUGCUGCGCUCGUCGCGGCGUGCCGGCGUCGUGUCGCGGCGCGUGCGGCGGCGCCUACAGCGGCCUGUUCUACACCUGCAUCGCCUACGUCGGCAACAUCGUGCAGUGCUUUGAAGAGGGCACCGGUCAACUGCCCGGGCCGCCGCGCGAGGUACACGCAGUGGUGAACCAAGACAAGCUGUUCCUGGACUGGACGGCGCCCAGCGACGGCGCCAACGCAACUUCCUACACCGUGCACUGGCAGAAGAUCGGCAACAACACGCUGCCCUACUACUACAACAACCUGCAGCUGGACAAUCAAAUGACGGUGACGGAGACGAUGGCGCGCAUCGAAAGCCUGGAGGUGAACAGCACCUACCACCUGUUCGUGGUGGCUGCCAACCAGCACGGCACCUCGCUGCCGUCCAGCAUGCUGCUGCUCAACAUCACUGAGGAUAAGGAACACAAAGAAGUGUCGGGUAUACCGUCGCCGCCGCACGGAUUAUCAGUGUCUUCCCACUCGGCCACGUGGCUGGCUUUGAGCUGGCAGCCGCCGCAGUUCUCACUGCCGGACGACAAGAUCUCGUAUACUUUGUACUACAAGAUGCCAAGUCAGACGGGCCAGGGCAACGUGACCCGGGUCAACACGACCGUCCCGGGGCACACCCUGGAGAAGUUGACGCCCAACACGCAGUACGUGGCCUGGGUGAAGGCGCACAGCGAUGCCGGGGACUCACUGCCUUCGGAGACGUUGCUGGCUUGGACUGACCCGGCCUAUCCUGCUUUUGUUGAGCCUCCUACAAUCAACCCGGUAAAUCUGGUGAUGGAAGGCUCCAGCAUGACCAUACUGUGCAUUGCAAUGGGAACACCGACACCCACCAUAUCUCUAUACAUCACUGGUCGGCUGGUGCGCCAGGAGGUGACGCGCCACAUGGUGACGGUGGUGCACAACGUGACGCGCGACAUGGACCUCAUCUCGUGCUACGCAGACAACGGCUACGGAACCCCCAUGCAGGCGUCGCGGAAGAUUAACAUUUCACAUAUACCAACAAUUCAGGCAUCAGGCAUAACAAUGGCUGCGGCGGGUGACUCCGUCAUCCUGGAGUGCAGAGUCGAGGCGCUGCCCAAACCCAACGUGGCCUUCUGGAGGGACCCCAACGGGAGGAUAUCAGUGAUCGACGGCCCCAACUACACCAUACAGCUACUUGCUGAUCCUGAAGAGCCAACAAAGUACACGAUGCGGCUGAUCAUCAAGAAGAUCUCGGAAGCCGACGAGGGCGACUACUUCUGCCACGCCGAGAACGCAUUCGGCAAGACGCUGCGCCCGGUGUCGGUGCGUCUGCGCAACAACGCGCCGCACCACAACGUCACCGAGUGCUGCAGCCAGAUGAACGUAUCGGCGUCAUGUAUCGACGCGUGCAGCUUCCACCUCGACAUGGACAACAUCAUGGACCGGCCGGAGUGCAUGAACGACUUCGACAAGCUCAUGAAGUGCGCCGCCGAUGGAUCAGAUCAUCGUAGUUGCUGUGCAUCCUGGGGCGUUCCCCGGAAUUGUCUGGAGCUGUGUCGCGGAGGCACCGUCGCCAGGAGUUGCGCCUUGCAGCACGCCAGGAGAGCUCUGGCUUGCUUCAGAGACUCCGGCGCGAAACUGCCCGGACCGCCUAGGAGCUUGAAGGCACAUGCUGCUCCCACACCUAACUCUGUAUUGCUAAGUUGGGAGCCGCCGCUAAAGAAUCCUCAAACAGUGUACCUAUACCGCGUGUUCUGGCGCGCGUACGGCGCCAAAGUGCCAGAGAAGCUGGACACGAGCGAGACCAGCGUGGUGCUGACCGGCCUGCAGGACGACGUGAGAUAUGAGUGCGUGGUGAAGGCGGCCAACGACGCCGGCACAUCAUCUCUCAGCCAGCCCAUCAUGUUCACGACGGCGGGCCAGGAGUCUGGCGCGGCGGCGGCGCCGGUGGUCGGCUCCGGCACGGCGUCUGCGGUCGGCGUGGCCGUGGCCUGCAUACUUGUAGCGGCCAUAUUGCUCGCUGCGGGACUGUAUUACAGGCAUAGAAAGAAUCUAAGACUGAAGGCUCAAGGAGGUGUCGCAUUUGAAAAUCCCAGCUACCUCAGAGAGCCUAAUCCAGAUAACGUUGUCAAUGGUACAAUUCUCAACGGCAACGCGGUCCCGAACGGGGACAACGGCGUCGCGAACGGCGUCUCAAACAGCUCAGCGUGGAGACAAGAAACGACCCCCGGGACGACGAUCCCCGCCGCGAGAGAGGUCGACCCCUCGCUGUACGAAGAGCUGAAGCUCGGCCACGACGGCGCGGGCUUCAAGAGACUGAAGCCAUAGCCCGAGGUUCGCCGCUCACCGCUCCGCUCGCCGCGACUCUCGUCGCCGCGGGUGGCGCCGAAGUACUGAGCGGCGAUCGCUUGCGCGCGACGCCCGUGGCCCCGCUGCACUAGUGCUCGCUCGUUUAGCUCAAACAAACUGGUCAUUCGUCUGUACAUUUGCACAUGUUGCAAAAUCAAAAAAUCAAAAUCAAAAAUUAAGCGCUACAUACUCUUACGUAACUAGUAACUUUUAUAAGAUUGUUUUAAAGUUACCAGCUACUAUAGUAUAUUUUUUCACCUUUUCAUCAAAGGUGCUACAAAUACCAGACUUAAUCCAUUCAUACGGUCAUAUUUAUAAACAUUGAUUAAGAUUUCAACAGCAUUUUUAUUUCAAAGUAAAGUGGACCUUAUCACUUAAAAGUUCAAUCUUUGAAGAAAAUUGAGUUUUAAAUAUUAAUCUAUGUUUAUAAAUAUAAUUAUAGUGUUGUUUCUUCUAGAGAAUAGUGCAUUGACCAGUUAGUGUGAGCCCUAACACAGUGCUGCCGUGAACUUUUUAAGUACUAAGUAGUGACAGCCAAAUAUUAAUAAUUUAAUACAUACGUUGACUAUUGCGGGUCGGUCCGGGAUAGAAGCAAUAUCGUAGACUGGUGCGAGACCAAGCUUCGAGAGCGGAGUGUAGAUAAAUACAAAUAUAUUUUCAGUACCAUACUUAAAUGUGAUUUAAACCAAAAAAAAAGUUACGUAACAAUUUCAUGUAAAUAUCAAUUUCAUUAUCGAUCGUUGUAACUAUGUUUUAAUUGUGAACUGAUUCGUCAUUAUCGCUAUUUCAUGCAAAUAAAGAAAUCCUAAGAUUAGUGAUCUAUGACCAGACGACAUUUUGAAAUUCUACAAAAAUUAUUUUGCAGUCUUAUGGUAGGCGUCAACAGAUCCGCAUCGUACGUAACUUAAAUAUCGGACACAUCGCAUCUACCGGAUUUUAGUAUUAUUUGUACAGAAAGUGUGGAAACACAGAGUUACUAGAGUGAGUCUUUACAAGCAACAAACUGAAGCCGGUGAAACCCAUUAAUAAAACAAACGUCACGCGUCCUUGACAACCGCAUAUACAAACUUCAUAAUUUGUAUUUCAAAAUUUAACACUAAAACAUAUACCUAAUAUAAAAAAUACUCCAUCUUAUUUCUUUACAUUUUGUGAAAAGUUUUUAAAAUAUUAAAAAACAUAAGCCGCCAUGUUUCUUGAAUUUUGAAAAUUACUGAUGCGAAGGUUCGUGUCGUACUGACUCGAUAAUGUAUUACUUAUGAAUUUCGUAUUGGAGCGACCGACACCGUCGUAUUCCGUACGCUCCAUCUGUAUAUUAUUGAUUAAUCUGUGUGCGUAAAUUAAAAAUUAAAAAUCCGUUUGUUGCGAUGCGUCCGAUACGUACGAUGCGGAUCUAUGGAGCUCUAAACAUCGAUGCCUUAUUAUUUAGAUACUCAAAAAAUAAUAUAGGUUUAAUGUUGCACAAUUCCCAGGGAAAAUAUAUGAUUUUAUAUUAAACCACUAUACCUAAAUAAAUGUAAACAAGUAAUAAUUGCUUCAUUUAAAAAGAAAAUUUGUAUGAAAUAGGGAAAAUUUCGCUUUUCUAUUGUAUUUGUUACUGCGGUUGUUAGUGAAAUGUUUAGUAAUAAUAAAUAAAAAAAAAUAAAAAUAGAGUCAGAGUUUUAAAUCAAUAAUAAUAAUUAGGUCACUCUAUAAAAAAUGUGCCUUCGAACAAUUUAUGAAGUAGGUUUAUCGUAGUGUUAGUUACCUUUUGGCCCAUUUUUUUGUAACUAAUGUAAAUAAAAAACAUUCCACAACUUGAUAAAAGUAUUUGUAAAAUAAAAAGAUAAUGUAAUUUUAACAAAACGAUAUUACCUAUAUUUUUUUUAUUAUUUGAAACGAAAUUUAUUGAAUGAAUAAGUAAAUAAUAUAUUUUUAAGUAUAAUAACAAUGGUGUAUUUACAAUAGCAUUACCUACAAUAAUGAUUAUUGGUCAGUAGAUUGACUUGUAACAAAAUCAAAUGAUCGUUUUGUUAAAAUUGCGAAACUAGAGAGCUAAAUAUUGGAUAAAGUUUUAUGUUGAACAAUUGAUAAACAUAUUAAUUAAUCAUAAACACACUAUGUAUGUAUGUACAAUAAAAAGAUUAAUGUUAAGAUUUCUAGCGUUGGCUCAAACGUUCGCUCAAAUUGGGCUGACAUGCCACCGCGUAUCUCAAUACAGAUUACAAACAUAUUAUACAAAGGUCUCAAACAAUCACAUAACUAAAAUGGAGAGGAAAAAAGAAUAUUAGUAGGUUAAAUAAGACGACAAAAGCUUCAAGUAAAUCUAUCACUAUGUUCGAGGAUCUUUUGACAUAAUAGGAACCAACAUUUAUUAUGCAGGUUACUCACAAAAAGUAAUUUAUUUAAAAUAUCAAGAUUAUUUUAUGUAAUAUUUCUUUUUUUAUUAAUAUAUCUUUUAUUUAAAAUUUUAAUGAUGUUCACUUGAUUAAGGGUUCUAAUAAUUUACAACAACACUCUAUUAUAAUAAAAGUCUGGUCUUCCGGUUGCCAAGCUUAACGUCUCAAGCAACCGAAGGUCAGGGUCCCAUAGUGAGGAACAUCCUGACAUAACACUCCAAACCUUGAUAGUCAAGCGAAAGCAUCAUUCGAAUCAUUAAAAUAUUUUAUGUUUUUAUGUUUGUCUUUUAUUAGUUUAUACAUUCAUAGUGUGUUUGUGGUAGCUCCUUGCUCAGCGGAGUAUGUGAUAGGUUUUAUUAGGGACUUCUUUUCCUAUAGGUAUCUAACGAAGUAAUUUUAGUUGAAAGACGGAUGUGAUUAGAUUUGUAAAUAAUAUUAAUAAAAAAAAAUAUUUAAGAAA